UGGCGAAACAAGCUCUGUCGCGCCGUCUGUUCGUGGUAAUCCGCUGACCUGCACUUUGUUUAUGUUCUGUAUGAGUAUCCCUUCUAGAGUCUAGAGACCCACCCAAACAGCUCAUCAGGACGUGUACCAAUACUACUUGCAAGAUGCUACGACCUCGCUACAAGCCCUAGCCGGCUGUCCCUUGAGAUCCGCACAACGUUAGACGGCACACGGCAGUAAAGCAUCGGGGAACACACGAGUGCGUCUGACUUCAGUGUACCAAAGGGCCAAUGGCAUUAGUAUAAAUGUGUGGUUCUGCACUUCAGUUUGGUUCAUCUCACUCAUCAGCUAGCACCACCAGGAAGUAGGAACACACCUCCCACCAGUCCACUGUUUCAUCGCUCAUCACUAGGCUGCAAUGGCUGCAAAGUCACCUGUGCUUGCAGCACUGGUACUGCUCCUGAGCUCCGCCCAGCUGUCCACGGGGGCAAGGAGGCGCAUGGAGCUGUACCAGCCCGAUCCGGCGGACAUGCUCUCCUACCACAACGGAUCCGUGCUCCACUCCGACAUCUUCGUGUCCGUGCUCUGGUACGGCAGCUUCACGCAGGUGCAGAAGGCGAUCAUCUACGACUUCCUGCUCUCGCUCACCACCACGCCCCAGGCCGCCUCGCCGUCCGUCGCGGAGUGGUGGGACAUGAUCGAGCAGCAGUACCUGUCCAAGGCGGCGCAGACCACCAAGCAUACCACCACCCGGGUGAUGCUGGACACCACCCAGGUGUCGUCCGACGACGGCUGCUCCAUGGGCACGUCCCUCACCCUGGCGCAGGUCUCCGCCCUCGCCGCGCGGGCCAGGCCCAGGAAGGGCGGCGUCGCGCUGGUGCUCACGGCGCAGGACGUCGCCGUGGAGGGCUUCUGCACGAGCCAGUGCGGCCUGCACGGCGCGGAGUCCGGCGCCGGCGCCGCCUCCGCGUACGUCUGGGUCGGCAACUCGGCCGCGCAGUGCCCCGGCCAGUGCGCGUGGCCGUUCCACCAGCCCGAGUACGGCCCGCAGACCCCGCCCCUCGUCCCGCCUAACGGCGACGCCGCCGUCGACGGCAUGGUCGUCAGCCUCGCCACCGCGUUCGCCGGCGCCGUCACCAACCCGUUCCGCGACGCCUACUACCAGGGCUCCAGCGACGCGCCCCUGGAGGCCGCCACGGCGUGCCCCGGACAGUUCGGCAGCGGCUCGUACCCGGGGUACCCCGGCAACCUCAAGAUCGACCAGGCCAGCGGUGCCAGCUACAACGCCAAUGGCGCGCAGGGGAGGAAAUACCUCCUCCCCGCGCUCUACAACCCUUCCACUUCUGCCUGCAGCACGCUGGUCUAGCGAAAACACCGAUGCAGUGUAUUAUCGUCUUAGCUUGUUUGUUCAGAAGGUUCCGUUUAUGGGUGUAUGUAUAUAUGCAAGUUCACAUCAGGUGUAAUUCUUUCGUUUUAAAGAUCCAAAUGUUCUUCGUAGUAAUUUAAAUUGGGGGCAUGGCAAAGUUGGUUCAAUUCAA